CUCUGGCCCAACUAGAAGACAUCAUUCUUUCUUUCGGCAAUUGGAACUGGCCUAGCACACAAAGCUGAAAGAUGACGAAAUUGACAGAGAGGUGCAAAUCCAGGGCAAAAAGAUGGUUCGCUCCCCCCUUAUAUAAGAUCAAUCUAUCUAUGCUUAAAACUGAUUUUAUUUUAAAAGUUUUUAUGCAACUUGCUCUUACUGGGAUCUGAAAUCCCAAAAUCAGAAUCUGCCAGGGUCCAAGAUCGAGCCUGGGUGCCGUGAUUAUUUGAACGUGUACAGAUACGCACACCGAUCAUGCGGCAUUGGGCCCGGCGCAUUCGACCUGGCGGGUUCCCGGGCCCCAGUCUCAUUUCCGGCCUGACGCUGACUACCACCCGGCCUAGCUCUGACUCAUCGGCCUUCAAGGCUCAAUUAGCCCAAGCGCAAAAUAUCGUCAUCCUCACCGGGGCCGGCGUCUCGGCCGAAUCCGGCAUCCCCACUUUUCGCGGUCCCGGGGGACUUUGGCGCACAUAUCAAGCCACAGAUCUGGCCACGCCUCAAGCUUUCCAACGCGAUCCAUCCCUGGUUUGGGAAUUUUAUCAUUAUCGACGCGAGCUGAUGGCCACCAAGGCGCCCAAUCCCGCCCAUCGGGCUCUGGCCCAAUUUGAGACCCAAUGUGAAGGUCAAGGUCGCUCUUGUCGAGUGAUUACUCAGAAUAUUGAUGGCCUACAUCAAGCGGCGGGGUCUCAAGAUGUCUUGGAGCUCCACGGGGCCUUGUUUCGGGUGCGAUGCACGGCAUGCGGGGUAGAAACGGCUAAUCACGAUUCGCCCAUUUGCCCGGCUCUCCACGGCCGAGGGCAACCGGAUGCCCAUCGGUCUGAACCACCCAUUCCCGUGGCCUCCCUCCCCCGCUGCGUCGAUUGUGGCGGGUUAUUAAGACCGGCCGUGGUUUGGUUUGGUGAGAAUCUGAACCCAGAGGUCUUUAGGCGGGCCCAUCAAGCCGUGGAUGAGUGUGAUUUGUGUUUAGUGGUGGGUACAUCUGCAUUGGUGUAUCCGGCCGCCCUUUUCGCACCCGGUGUGGCGGCUCGAGGGGCGGAGGUGGCGGAAUUUAACAUCGAACCCACUGCGUCCACAUCCGACUAUGGGUUCUACUUUGAAGGUCCCUGCGGCCAAACCUUGCCUCCUUUACUACUAGGUUAGCGGUUCAAAUACGGUACAGGUUUUAAAUUGUUCAGUUGAAUUUGUGAAAUGAGAAAAGAUUGGACUGGAUGGAAUAAAGCCGAAAUGAUGUGGUUUUA